GAGAAAUGACAGAAAGAAACAGCGAUUGGAAAACAAGCAUUGCAUUGCACCAGGAUGUCUGUGAAAUGGACUUCCGUACUUCUGCUAAUACAACUGAGCUUUUACUUUAGCUCUGGGAAAUGUGGAAAGGUGCUGGUGUGGGCUGCAGAAUACAGCCAUUGGAUGAAUAUGAAGAUUAUCCUGAAUGAGCUUGUUCAGAAAGGUCAUGAGGUGACUGUACUGGCGUCUUCAGCUUCCAUUCUUUUUGAUCCCAACAACUCAUCCACUCUUAAACUUGAAGUUUUUCCUACAUCUUUAACUAAAACUGAGAUGGACAAUAUCACCAUGCAACAGGUUAAGAAAUGGUCAGACCUUCCAAAAGAUACAUUUUGGUCAUAUUUUUCACAAGUACAAGAAAUUAUGUGGAUAUUUAGUGACAUAAAUAGAAAUACCUGUAAAGAUUUAUUCUCAAAUAAGAAAUUAAUGAAAAAAUUACAAGAGUCAAGAUUUGACGUCGUUUUUGCAGAUGCUGUUUUUCCCGGCGGUGAGCUGCUGGCUGAGCUACUAAACAUACCCUUUGUGUACAGUCUCUGCUUCUCUCCUGGCUACGCUAUUGAAAAGCAUAGUGGAGGAUUUCCAUUUCCUCCUUCCUACGUACCUGUUGUUAUGUCAGAAUUAAGUGAUCAAAUGACUUUCAUGGAGAGGGUAAAAAAUAUGAUCUAUAUGCUUUAUUUUGACUUUUGGUUCCAAAUAUUUGAUAUGAAGAAGUGGGAUCAGUUUUAUAGUGAAGUUCUAGGAAAACCCACUACAUUAUUUGAGACAAUGGGGAAAGCCGACAUAUGGCUUAUUCGAAACUCCUGGAAUUUUCAAUUUCCUCAUCCACUAUUACCAAAUAUUGUUUAUGUCGGAGGACUCCACUGCAAACCUGCCAAACCCCUACCUAGGGAAAUGGAAGAGUUUGUCCAGAGCUCUGGAGAAAAUGGUAUUGUGGUGUUUUCUCUGGGGUCAAUGGUCAGUACCAUGACAGAAGAAAGGGCCAACGUAAUUGCAUCAGCCCUUGCCAAGAUCCCACAAAAGGUUCUGUGGAGAUUUGAUGGAAAUAAACCAGAUGCCUUAGGUCCCAAUACUCGACUGUACAAGUGGAUACCCCAGAAUGACCUUUUAGGUCAUCCAAAAACCAGAGCUUUCAUAACUCAUGGUGGAGCCAAUGGCAUCUAUGAGGCGAUCUACCAUGGGAUCCCUAUGGUGGGCCUUCCGUUGUUUGCGGAUCAACCUGAUAACAUUGCUCACAUGAUGGCCAAGGGUGCAGCCGUUAGAGUGGACUUCAACACAAUGUCGAGUACAGACUUGCUGAAUGCACUGAAGACAGUAAUUAAUGAUCCUUUAUAUAAAGAGAAUGUUAUGAAAUUAUCAAAAAUUCAACAUGAUCAACCAGUGAAGCCCCUGGAUCAAGCAGUCUUCUGGAUUGAGUUUGUCAUGCGCCACAAAGGAGCCACGCAUCUUCGGGUUGCAGCCCACGAUCUCACCUGGUUCCAGUACCACUCUUUGGAUGUGAUUGGGUUCCUGCUGGCCAGUGUGGCAACUAUGAUAUUCAUCAUCACAAAAUGUUGUCUGUUUUGUUUCUGGAAGUUUGCUAGAACAGGAAAGAAGGGGAAAAAGGAUUAGUUAUAGCUAGAGCUUGAGCUGGAAAACCUGAUUGAUGGGACUACUUCAGUUUAUUCCAGCAAGAAAGAUUGUGAUGCAGGAUUUUUUCCUCCCCGAGACAAAAAAAUAAAAAUAAAAAACAAAUAUUUCCAAAACCUACCUUGGCAAGUAAAAAUUUGUUUUUCAGAAGUUUACCACCCUGUUAAUGGUUAGAAAUAUUUUGUGGCAAUGAAGAAAACACUAGGGAAAAUAAAAAAUAAUAUAAAGCC